AUGAGCAUCACUAGCGAAGAGGUAAACUAUAUGAUCUGGAGGUAUCUCCAGGAAAGUGGGAAAGAGGUAUCUGCGUUGGCGUUACAGGAAGAAACACGGGUUUUGGAGUUUGAUCACCAAUUUGGCCACCAUAUACCCAUUGGGUCGUUGGUAGACUUUAUCCAGAAGGGCAUCUUGUAUACAGAAUCCGAGCUUCUGGUGCGUUACGAUGCCGAUAAAACGCCGGUAGACGGCGAACAACAAGUUUUGGCUCGAGAUUUCAGUCUGGUGCAAGCACUGGAAAUCAAUAAAGACAGGGUCCCAGUUAUUCGUGGAGAACACAGGUUCGAGCUGGCAAAUGACGAACCUGAAUUGACAACGGGUAAAGAAACACUGGACGCACUUUCACCAUCAGAAAAUCAUAAGGAUACCACUCCGGCAGCUUUAGGGUCCUCGAAUUUCAUAAAGACGUUGCAUGAGAGCGCCAAGAUAUCGCAGGGCGCAGUCAGUCGAUGGAACCCAUCAAAUAGUCUGAUACAGGCACAUGGGGGUUCCGGCUCGCCAGCAACGAUCACCACAUUUCAGAGUUCAGAGCCAGGAACCUUGUUAGUGGUGCAACAGGUCAAAUGCGAGCUAUCCCCAGCCAUUGAAAAGGAAACGGAAAAUGGCGUAUCGUGUUUAGAGUGGUCGCCAGCUGGUCGCAGUUUAGCAGUCGGUGCAGAGUCCGGAGAAGUUAGAUUAUGGACUAUAGAUGGAAAAUUGGAAAACAUUUUUGAGUUUCACAAAAGUUGCAUAACCACCAUCAAAUGGAAUCAGGACUCUCUGCAUUUUCUUACUUGUGACGUUGAUAAUGUCGUUAUUGUGUGGAAUUCUGUCACAGGAUCUGCAUUGCAACAGUUUUCUCCCAAAGAUUCAGGGUUUUCAGAAACGCUGGGGGUCGAUGCCUCUUGGGUGGGUACGGACAAAUUCGUGAUUCCCGGAAUGCAGGGCAACAUAUUAUUAUGCGAGAUGGGCGAAAGCCGUCCUCUGGGCCAGCUGAGUGGACACACCAAGGCCAUAACCGCGUUUGACUACAACCCGGCAACGAGAUUGCUGGUAUCGGCUUCCGAUGACAAGACUCUUCGAGUGUGGCGAAGCGGGAAUAUGAACUCAUCCAACUGUUUUAUGGGAAAUUCACAAAGCGUGACGAGUGCCAGUUGGCUUGAUAACGAUACUGUCAUAUCGACAUCAAUGGAUGGAUCGGUGCAGGUAUGGUCUCGAGUCUCCAACUCGCCACUUGCGCUGUCGAUGGUCGACGGAGUGCCAAUAUUCUGUGGAGUACUCUCCCCCGACAAGCAGAAAUUUGCGGUGGGCAAGAUGGACGGUGAGAUCAACUUAUAUGACGUUGGGAAGCUGAUACUUGACUUGAAGGAUGUUAAAGAUGCUCGCAAUGUGCAAUCCAUCCCAAUCUACGGCGAUUAUCAGUCGAACAGCGAAGGUAAUUGUAUUACAGACUUGGCAUGGGAUGCAACAAGCACCUAUUUAUCGAUCUGCUACUCGGCUAGUGAAGCCUCGGUAGUGUACAUUGGUUAG